ACAGUUACGUUACCAUAGCAACCAUCAUGUUGUUUAGCCGCCGUAAACAAAAUAUGAAUUUCGGCAAGUCAACCAAGAAACGUGCUCAGAGUCCACUGUAAAAAUAUUUAGAGAAACAAAUUUGAUAAUAACCAUGUUUUCAGUGGUAUUAGUUUGUUAUUUUCCACGUUUGUGUUUUGUAGAGGCAUAAAAUAUAAAAACAAUGAGUCAAAACCAAGCGAAUAUAAAAAAGGAUGAGCACAAAAAGAAAGAGAAAGAAAAAGAUGGACAAAAGAAGAGUCCUGAAAAAAACAUGUCAGAGAUAGAUGAACAUAUUCUAAAGAGGUUUGAUAUUAAAAAGAGACUUGGCAAAGGCGCUUAUGGAAUCGUGUGGAAGGCGGUUGAUAAGAAAAGCAAAGAUGUUGUGGCGAUUAAAAAAAUAUUCGACGCGUUCCGAAAUCAAACAGACGCGCAGAGGACUUUCAGGGAAAUCAUAUUUUUGCAAUCAUUCAGGAAUCAUCCGAAUAUAGUCAAACUUCAUAGCAUUCACAGGGCCACGAACAACCGCGACAUCUACCUAGGCUUCGAGUAUAUGGAGACGGAUCUACACAACGUGAUAAAACGCGGCAACAUACUGAAGGAUGUGCACAAGCGGUACAUUAUGUACCAAAUGCUGAAGGCGACGAAAUACAUACAUUCAGGCAACGUGAUACAUAGGGAUCAGAAGCCGAGUAACGUGCUUAUUGAUAGCGCUUGCAGGGUGAAACUAGCGGAUUUUGGCCUGGCUAGAUCCGUAUCAUCCAUGUACUCCGGAGGGGAGGAGGGCGCGGACCCUUGCUUGACUGACUACGUGGCUACGAGGUGGUAUCGGGCACCAGAAAUACUGAUUGCUAGUAAGAACUAUACAAAAGGCAUAGACAUGUGGUCGCUGGGUUGUAUCCUUGGUGAGAUGUUAACGGGAUCUCCACUUUUCCCGGGAACGUCCACCGUAAACCAGAUUGAGAGAAUAAUGGCCGCUCUACCAAGGCCUUCGACGGAAGAUAUAACAGCAGUAUGCACGGGCUACGGAUCCUCUCUCAUCCGCGAGCAAGCGUCUACCAAAGCGGGUGUGACGUCACUCCACAACAUGCUCUCUUGCGCGCCGCGUGACGCAGCGGAAUUGGUUCAGCAUUUGCUGGUGUUCAACCCGGCGAAGCGGCUCAGCGCUGAGAGGGCGCUGCACCAUGAAUAUGUCGCUAAGUUCCACAGAGAGCGAGACGAACCAACAUUACCUUCAGACGUGCUCCUUCCGCUACGAGAUGAUAAGCAAAUGUCGGUCGACGACUAUAGAAACAAAUUAUACAGCAUCAUGGCUAAAGGCUUCCAGAACAGUCCACAAUUACGGAAAAGUCAUUCUAGCGUAAAAACCCACACGCUCACAACGCCCAUAAAAAGCAAGAGUUUCCAAGAGCAAUCCGAAAUAAAGCAUCACAAGACGAAACUGACGUCAUCAGCGGACACCAAGAGCAGACCAAAACUAUCAAAAACCCUCGACAGACCCGUCAAAGAAUUCAGAUCGUAUCAAACUAUAAGCGAAAAGGAAAAGAAACCAGUUAAAGCGACAAGGCUUUUCGAACACCAAGAUUGGUUGGGCGCGAACUGCAGGGGCGAUUAUUUGACAGAUGUCAAAAAUAGCGGCAAAAGUCCAGGAAAUUUUACAAGGGACUUCUUUCAGCCAGUAAAACAGAGUUUGGACUCGAAGAAACAUUUGCAGCAAAGGAGGAAUUCUACGUCGUUUUCUACAAUUACAAUUGGUGAUUCUGAACUGGAUUAUGGGAAGAAUUCCAGGCAUGGGGUGAUUACGGCAAGCGCUCUGAUGGAUCUUAGGACUAGCAUACGAUAGUUUGGCGGUUUUGAGCAUUUUUUUGAUGAUAUUAUAUUUUGUGGUUUAUUUGUUUGUGUUAUGUGAUUAUGGUUUAAAUUUGGUUCGACAUAAGUAAGGUAUAUGGGAUAGACACUCAAUUAUUUGUGAAAACCGUGGUACAGAUAUUUUCAAUGGAAAUUUAACACGGAGGACCUUUUUUGCGCAGAAUAGUUAUUUGAAUUUUGGGUAGUUACUUGAAUUUGUAUUCUACAAACACACAGAGGGUCCUUAGCUGGAAUGAGAGUAAAAUAUGUAAAUAGAUAUAGAGAAUGAAUGUACCGCUUUACAUUGUUUUUUUAACAUGUGUGAAACCCCUUUAUAUUUUUUGCCAUUUCAAGUUAUUAUAACCAGUUUAAUAAUAUUGAGAUCGUAAAUAAAUUAUGCAAAGCCAUCGAUUCCUUAUUACUAUAAAGAAUUUGCUUAUUUAUCUUUUACAAAUG